CUUCCAGCAUCUGCGGCUGGUCGAGGGCAGCUCUUUGGGUAGAUUGGAAGUGCGCGGACAGAUUUGUGUGCGUGUUCAGUGUCGGCCACCGCGGAUGGCCAGGGACCUGAUCGGGCCGGCGCUACCACCCGGCUUCAAGGCCCGCGGCACGGCGGAGGACGAGGAGCGGGACCCGAGCCCCGUUGCAGGACCAGCUUUGCCCCCAGAUUACAGAAGCAGUAGUUCAGAUUCAUCAGACAGUGAUGAGGACAGUAGUUCUUUGUAUGAAGAAGGAAAUCAAGAAUCUGAAGAUGACGACUCUGGUCCAACAGCAAGAAAGCAGAGGAGAAAUGAAGGUGAUGAUGAUGAUGACGACGACGACGAUGGAUUCUUUGGACCAGCCCUUCCUCCUGGAUUUAAAAAGCAGGAUGAUUCUCCUCCAAGGCCCAUAAUAGGUCCUGCAUUGCCACCUGGUUUCAUUAAAUCUCCACAGAAAAGUGACAAAGGCAGACAUGAUCCAAGAAAACCGGUUUCAUCACAUCUCAAUUCUGAGGAAACAGAUAGCAGUGACAAUGAGGAUAUUGUUGGACCAAUGCCUGCAAAAGGGCCAGUCAACUACAGCGUAACAACAGAGUUUGAAAAAAGGGCCCAGAGAAUGAAAGAAAAACUGACUAAAGGAGAUGAUGAUUCAUCUAAACCAAUUACAAGAGAGUCAUGGAUGACUGAACUUCCUCCAGAAAUGAAAGACUUUGGUCUUGGGCCCCGGACUUUUAAGAGAAGAGCUGAGGACAAAUCAGGAGAUCGAUCAAUAUGGACAGAUACUCCAGCUGACAGAGAAAGGAAAGCCAAGGAAGCACAGGAAGCAAGGAAGUCAUUCAGUAAGAAGGAUGAAGAACAUGUGUUGUCAGGAAGGGAUAAGAGAUUGGCUGAACAAGUAUCUUCAUACAAUGAAUCAAAAAGAUCAGAAUCUCUUAUGGACAUUCAUCAUAAAAAAUUAAAGAGUAAGGCUGCUGAAGAUAAAAAUAAGUCACAAGAGAGAAUACCAUUUGACCGUGAUAAGGAUCUCAAGGUUAAUCGGUUUGAUGAAGCUCAGAAAAAAGCCCUAAUAAAGAAGUCUAGAGAACUAAACACCAGAUUUUCACAUGGCAAAGGCAAUAUGUUUUUAUAAGGGGAUUUCCCUGUGCAAUGAAGAAAAGUUGAAGAAUUCCCUUUUGUCAUUCUGUCCACCUUUAGUCCUUUGUUUUGGGCGUUUUAAGAUUACAGCUUUCUUUUUAAAGGUAAUCUUAAAAACCAGCCAAGUCUGCCUUGUUCUGUGAGUCCUCUAAAGAUUAUGUGGAAACGCAACAUCCGUGUUAUGUAGAAUAGAAUGAGGAAGUAUAGGCUUAUCUCUAUAUAAUGACUUCCAGGGUCCCCUCCUGAGUUUCGUGACAUCUGACAAGUGCUGUCUCAGAUCUGGUCAGGACUAGACAGAGUCUGAAUGGCCUUGUGAAAUACACCUGGCCUGCCCUGGAGCGGGUGUGUCACUUCCUGGCGGUGAAUCCUGCGUUUGAAAUUGGCUGCUUUUUCAGCACGUCUAUCAGUGCUUAUCCAUUGACUUGAAAGUCGAGUGUGUGGUCUUUUGUCUGCUUCCUUACCAGUUUGACUCUUUGGCACUCAGGGCAUUAUUUGUUGUCUGGUUUUUUUGGUUCGUUUGUCUUAAGUCAGAAAGUGGGCUCCCUGGGUUAUUUCAUGUGCUAAGGAAAACCUGUUUUGCCUUUUCCAACAUGAAUCAUAAGUAUUUCUAGGGACAAGGUAUGCCAUUAUCUGUGCGUGGCGUGAAAUCUGUGCGACUUGGCCUGUAUGACCUCAGCCGAAGCCUUCUGAGUCUUGGAACUUUGCUUUGGGAUGGUCUUACAUUACCCAUGCAUGUACGUAACAGUUUGUAGCUCAUUUGCUGGAGUGAAUCAUGAACAUCCUUUUAUAAAAGACCUAGUUUGAUAAUCCAUGAAUCUAAAAGCAGAAGUGGAAAGUCUGUGAUCAUAACCACCCUAAUGGGAGUACUUUGAGUUUGUAAUGCUACAAGCACUGCCUCUUGAGCUAUUAAGCAGAAACUUCCACAUAGUUAAAUAAAACCUAAACAAGAAUGCUGUAUGGGACGUUUUCUUGCUGAUUAAGCCUAAUUGUUCUGCUAGUUCUGUGUUUUAGUUUUGAAGCGAAAGCUGAAACAAAGACUCUAAGUUCCAGAACUGAGUAUGCUGUUUGAAUUAAGGUGUAAAUUAUUCUCCUUAAUAGUAGCAGUAAACGGUGUUUUUCUCAUAUCAGUGUCAACAGUAGCCUACUGAUGGACUGUUGCUACUAACAAAAUGAAUUAUCCUCCUUAACAAAUUAUAAAAGCUUUUCUAAGUAGAAUUAAAGAGAGGCAUGGAACAUCUUCUCAACACAAAACUUUGUAUAGGAGUAUCCAUUGUAUUCAUUUAAUUUUGUUAUUUGUUAUAAGCUUUUUUCAUGACAAAUAUCUUCUACUUCUUCAUACUUACAUAAAUUCCUAUGUAUAUUUUUGUGAAAUUUGGUAAUUUUUAAAGUAAAAAUGUCAUCUUUA